CAGGAAGAUGUUUCUCCCGGGCAUUGGGGAGCAGCAGCCUGGGUAUACUGGAGGCUCCCUCCCCUCCAGCCCGUCCUCUUCUCUUCCUCAGAGCUAACCUGCAGACAGCUCUUCUUUGAUAUAGGAAACUUGGUUGGAUAGACAUUUACAAUCAUGGAGCUUGUAGGCUCUACCUUGACGGCAACAUAUGCCCAUCCAAGACCAACGCCCUCAAAUUUUCUGCCGGCCAUCAGCACCAUGGCAUCGAGCUAUAAGAACAGAUUCCCUCACUAUGCCCUGACCCACAGCUUGAGCCUUCCCUGGAGACCUAGUGCCUAUUACAAAGUCGCUGCUAUCACUCCAACUUUGGCCCCCUUCUCCAAGAGUUCUCAAGGGCUCACGCCAUGCAACAUGCUCCCCUAUGUUUCCAACAGAACAGCACUCUUCACUAGGUACACUCCCGAAGACUGGUAUAGAGCUAACCUAACAAAUUUCAAGGAAUCAGAGGCAUCACGCCACAAUGCCGAGAGGUUGAGGGUGGACACUUCCCGGAUGAUUCAAGACAAGGACCAGCAGAUAAGGAAAACCCAAACGGAAUCAACAAGAAAUCUAGGAGAACGAGUCAAUGACAUCAUAUUUUGGAAAUCAGAGCUCAACCAUGAGAUUGAUGGAAUGAUUGGGGAGACAAAUGCUCUUUCAGAUAUGAAGAAACGACUUGAAAGGGCCAUAUUAGAAACAGAAGGGCAACUCCAGGUAGCCCAGGAAUGUCUGCUUCACCGAGAGAAGAGGAUGGGCAUUGACCUUGUUCAUGAUGAUGUGGAAAAACAACUAAUGACAGAGGUUGACGUCAUCCUAUCAUGCCAAGAGAGAAUGAGAAGAUACCUGGGUAAGACAGCGGCCCAACUUGCAGCAAAUAGAGCAGCCCAGCAUGAACUGGAGAAAGACCUGAGUGACAAGCAAGCAGCUCAACGAAUCGAUGACAAGUGCCACCAUCUCAGGAACACAUCUGAUGGCAUUUCCUUUUAUCGAGGCGUCGAGCGAGUCGAUGCCACGAUUUCUGUGCCAGAAUCCUGGGCCAAGUUUACUGAUGAUAACAUUAUGCGCUCCCAGAGCGAGCGGGCUGCCUCCGGCAAACUCCGGGAUGAUAUUGAAACGCUGCUUGUGACGACUGCCAAUGAGAUGUGGAACCAAUUCAACAAAGUGAAUGUCGCCUUUACCAACCGCAUCUCUGAAACGGCUGAUGCCAAAAACAAGAUCCAGGCCCAUCUGGCUAAGACUCUACAAGAAAUCUUUGAGACAGAGAUGACUAUAGAAGCACUUCGUAAGGCCAUCAAGGACAAAGGGUGUUCCUUGAAGGUUGCCCAAACACGUCUGGAUGAGCGCUUGCGUAGACCCAACAUAGAACUCUGCCGGGACUCUGCCCAAUUACGCCUUGUGAACGAAGUGUAUGAAAUUGAUGACACCAUCCAGGACCUUCAGCAGAGGCUAAGAGAUGCAGAAGAUACGCUCCAGGCACUGGUUCACACCAAAGCCAAUCUAGAACAUGACCUGGCUGUCAAAGCAAAUACACUCUUCAUUGACCAGGAGAAAUGCAUGGGGAUGAGGAAGACCUUCCCCAACACACUGAGGCUGGUGGGAUAUACAUAGGCUGGAGCUAACCCUCAAGACAUUGUGUGGGGGGAUGGGAAAUUACUAAAGAAGUAUGUCUAGGGGAGGUUUGCUCUGUUGCACUUUUAUGAAAUUUUGAGGUGUUUAUUUUUGAAGAUAUGACUAUAUUUUCAUUUAUUAAAGCAUGAUCUGCACACAAAUUUAGCUAUCUUCUAUUUGAUGUGUCUUCCCUGUUUUCUAUACUGAUGUUCUUUCCUUUAUGGGAUCUGCAUGCACACAAUGUUUAUUGUGGGUGGCCUAUGUCAUGCAGUCCAAUCCAAUGCAUGUUUUUACUUGGCAGUAAGCCCCAAUGAGUUCGAUGAAGCUUACUCCCAAGUAAGUGAGCAUAGGAUUGUGUCUUAUGCCCUGAUCAAAUACAAAGAAAAGUGUGUGCAGAAGGGCAACUGCGUGCCUCUUUCCUUGAGUUGAGAGCUUGAUUCUGAAGCUAGUCUGUUAGUAUUCAGAACUGCCAAUUGUCUGUUCAUGGAGUGGACUGAGGAAGGGAGACUGAAUCCAGCCUUAUGUGCUCCCUUCCCUCCACCCAAGCAAAUGAUGGAUUCUGAACACAGAUUAUCUGAUUAUUUUUUGUGUUUGUGCAGCGCAAGCUCCUGGACCAGACAGAGCCAGAUCUUAUUCUUGUCAUCUCAGCCUAAAAUUUUAGGCAUCUCAAAUUGCAAAAUUCCUUUGUUUUAUUUGAAUGGGGUAGAUGGCACAAAGGUGUCUGAAUUUUUUUAGCAAUUAGUGUCAUUCGGUGCUGAUAUAUAUUUUGUAUUUUUAGGUACGUGGAAAGAUAAGCAUGAAUGAUGUGACAUCAAAUAAAGAAACUUCCCAAUAUA